CACAUGAAGGUAAUCAAUCUCGUGUUGUUUUCAAACGACAGGUAGAUCAAAAUUGAAACCUGUCUUCGGGCCGGUCAGGAAAUUGAAACAAUUGAAAUCCGAACUCCUCUUGCAAGCAGCAGAUCUGAGAUCCACAGCAGGUUUGCUGAUAUCAUUCAUAUAACAUAACACCUGCCUGCCGCGUAUCCCCCGAACCCUUUUCGUCUUCCAUGGUCUUCACUGCCCACCCCGUUCUCCGCGGAUGGUCUCCAUCCGUGGAGGAUGACCAUGACGUUCAUCUUCCCGAUCAAACAUAUUCCUUACCCAAACAUUUUAUGGCGUCCACCUCCUGUAUCACUCACCAACCAAUGGCUCCUUCCUCUGACCGGCGCGCGCAGCGUAACAGGAGUCGGGACCCCAGUUGGAUCCCUCGACCUAGAAACGCGUUCAUCAUUUUUCGCUGUGAGUACUCGCGCACGCACAGUCAGGCUGCCCAAGACGGCGACGAGGAAUUGGAGCCACAGAACCCUACAGCCAAGACCCUAUCGAAGCGAGCGGCUGAGGCGUGGAAGCAGCUGUCUGCUUCUGAGAAGGACCAUUAUAAGGUGCUUGCAGACAAGGAAAGGGAGGAGCACGCCCGGCUUUACCCCCACUAUCGUUUUCGCCCUAUGAGGCGGCAGAUUUCCGGGCUGAAGAAACGUCAAUACGAGCUGUCCAUGAGUAACAGCGGUUUUUCGCUGGAUUCUUCAGAUGAGCAAGUCGCUACUUCUAUCGCAGAUGCGGAUGACGAGCCGCAAGAGGACGGAGUAGAGAAGGAAAGAAGCGGUAGUUUUGAGGCGUCCGCACACUCUGCGUCAAAAAGCACUCCUGGGAACUAUAUCGCAGAUCAACGACGGUCGUCGUCUGUUCCGCUGCCUGACGUGUUCCCGAUAUCCAUCAUUCCCUCUCAUGCUCCGAAGGACGAUUUAUGCAGGUCUCGCUCGGUCGAAGGACGAGAUUGGACGCUGCGUCCACUGGACCAUGUGUCGCAGGUCGCAUAUGCUCGGCUUGGCAAGGAAGUGGAAGCGCAGCCUCAGCAGUAUGCUGCAUCAAACGACGCAUCGACCUUCGUAUCCUUCGGUUUCGAUGCAUCAACUGGGGAGCAUAACAGCUCGAUGGGCAGUCCCUCGCGCUUGCCACUUGAGCUCGGUUACCAAUCCCCAGAGAGCCGGAGCGGACUCACCUAUACUCCCUCCUCCUUCACAGCCAUCGCCUCUUCCCUUUCUGGCUGGGACGGCGAACCCUUUCCCCCCUGUAUACCAGGGCAAACCAUGUCGUCUCGAGAGGAGUUAUUGACGCCAUAUGAAGAAAUGGAGCGCGCACAAGCUCUGGAAGCUUAUGCCCUCGGUUUACACAACUUCGACUUCUUCACCCAUCCCCCUCCCCUCCCCGAAUCAUAUCCUGACCCUGCGCUCGGUAUUCCCUGCGAUAUCGAAUACUCGGCACUCUUUCCAGAGCAAGCCGCGGGAUCAUGGGAUUCUGAGAUGCACCCUGUGCACAGCUUGAAAACCUGAGCUGCGGAGGUGAUCUCCGUGUGCUGUCUCAUGUAGCCCUAUCCUCACCUGUUUCCAUAGUCCGACAUGCUUCACACCGCUUCUUCUUUACGGCUAGUCGAUAUUAACCUUCAGUCCCUUACUACCCAGUUCUACCAUUAAUAUUCUCACCUCUCCACCAUGCAUAUCCACGUUUCUCUCGGCUACCAUUAAUUCAUGUGCAUUAUAAUGGAUUCGGUCACUUACCUUGUAGGAUGCUGCUAGUACUG